AUGGUGGGAUGUUGGUGUUGCUGGGCUCGAAAAGCACCGAAAGGCGAGUCUCCAUUAAUAGAUAUCUGCGACAAUGUAAUAGAGCCCGAUACGGCGAAGCCAAUAGGUACCGCGGUAAAAGGUGACGAUGCAGGAAACGAAUCUCCGGACGUAACUGGGCCGACAGUAGUAGCGGCAAACUACGAAAAGAAAACCUCUGAGACCAAGACAAAUGAACCAAAACGUGAUGGAAAAGAAUUCGUAACCGCUACUUUUGAUGACGCGGUUAGGUCUAAAGCGGAUAAUCUCAAUUCAAAAUGUUGGUGGGAAACGAAUGACAUAAAGCACGCCAUUGAUCAAUCUGAAGAGAUAAAGUCACCACAGCAUACCAGAGAAUGUAAUGACCUCGUAGAUACGUCCGUGAUCCGUCAAAUUUCUGCAGCGGAAGACGAUUCAUUCAAAGGGUCAACAACUAUAAAAGACGUUGCCAUUGAAAAAUCUCGUUCGGUAUUUCGAUCAACAAAUGAAGGAACCGCGAAAUAUAAUGAACCUUCUUCCCAAAUUCACGGCUGCGAUCAACGAGAUGCGAAUGAAACAUCACCACAACUUAGCAGCAGGCGAGACACUACCUAUCCAGAAGGAAUACGGGAGAAUCACAUUCAACCUACCGUUUCAAUCGACGCUACAGCGAUAAAAGAUGGUGCCGCGGAGACUAAACAACGGAGGUCGUCAGAGGAUCUUACCUCCAAAAAAGGUUCAUCUUUUCAAAUGGAAAAGCCAUAUUCAAGUGAUAUGAACAUAGAAACUCCAAAACCAAAUAAAAAAGAAUUCAAUUUCGAUGAUAACAGUGACGUAGCGCCAGAUUUUAACUUAGGAUAUGGAAUACCGACCAUCAUUGGCAACACAGAUGGAAUAUUUGAUGAGGAAGCAUUCCAAGAGCGAAAACCAAUGAUUAACGGAAAGCUGCGCCAACAAACCACCUUCAAGCCAGCAGCGAAUGAGCACGAAUCCGAACGAUUUGACAAUCUAGAUCAAAGCGGUGAGACAAACCCGCAAGGUGAAAGGCCCUCUCUGAAUGCAGACACCACCACCUCUCCGCCUGCAUCUAAACCGGUACGACCCAAAGCAAGACCUGCACCCCUAAGAAGGGGUACUACGAGAAUCCCAGUCAGACGCAAGGUGGAGCCUACGAAGCCUACAAUGGAAACCGUAUCCAAGCUUCUAGAAAAAAUCACCAGUUUGAAUGAAUCAAAAUGGGCUGAACUGAUCAAAUGCCACACAGAACUAUGCAAUUUAACGGGAAAAUACCCGGAACUGCUUUCAGAAUGUGACCCUGCGGCCUUGAUUCUUGCAGUGCGUACCGUUGCGACACACGCUAACAGUGCAAGGUCCAACCUGUCAAACAGUGGUAUUAUCUGCCUCGGAAAUCUUUACAAGUCGCAAGGAGCGACUAUUGCCCAGCCACUUGGUGAAGUUUUGGAUGUAUGUGUACGAAAGGCAGCAUCUGGAUCACCUGAGUUCAUUACUACUUCCGCAAAUUCGACGUUAGCCAAAAUAUGUUCUUCUAGCCCAGCGUUGAAGUUGUGCAGCAUUAUUUUGAAGAUGUAUAAAACGAACAAAUCCGCCCAGCUCACCCUUUUAAAUUGCAUGAUUAUAGUAUCGGAUGGCAUGGGAUCCAACUUGGUGAAACUAAAAGUUCUCCCCGAAAUAAUGGACAUGGUUUUAAAUUCACUGAAAGCCGGAAGUAGCACUUUACGUAACGCGGCGAAAAUACUGGUAGGUCUUAUUAAUGAGCAUGAAGAUGUCAUUUCAUUGUUAAACAAAAUGCGCAAGGGAGAUGAUGCGUCACGUUUGGUGAAUACAGCAUUGAAGAGAUACACUUCUGAUGAUAAGAUCAAGUAUAUGGCACAAUUGACUCACGAUACGCUUUAA